AUGAAAGCUGAUUAUGAAGAGCACAACGCUAUUCUGAUCGCUCGUUGCAUGAUGCAGAUCAAGGCAAAGUUUGAUACUGAUGAAGGUCUGAACUUCAUUCAACAGUAUUACAUCAAUCAAGGACUGAAGAAGUUUGGUGACGAUGGAAAAGAUGCUGUGGAUAAGGAAUUGAGACAAAUGCUCCUGAGAGAUUAUUUUACUCCCAAAUUUGUGAAAGACAUGACCGCGUCUGAGCAAAAGAAGGCCCAAUCAGCGAUGAUGUUACUUGCGGAAAAGCAAUUUGAAAAGACAAUUAAAGGUCGCCUAGUAUUCCGAGGCAAUGGAACUCGUGAAUGGUUAUCGCGAGAGGACACUGCAAGUCCAACUGCUUUGCAAGAAGCAAUCACCACUACUUGUGUUAUUGAUGCACACGAAGGUAGAGACAUAAUGACGCUGGACGUGCCUAACGCUUUCAUUCAAACUUAUAUGCCUGAAUCUAAGGAGGGAGAAGAUCGUAUCUACAUGAAAAUCACUGGCAUGAUGGUCCAGAUAUUGAUUGACAUGGCCCCAGAGUAUCGCAAAUACGUUGUAUUAGAGAACGGAAAGCGAGUAAUCUAUGUGCGGGUACUACGUGCUAUUUAUGGGAUGUUGCAAUCGAGCCUCCUAUUCUAUAAUCAAUUUUGA